CACAGGGACAGGAUGCUGCACAGGCAUCCAUGCCAUGCUUGCUGUUCCUGAAUACAACCACCCACAACCCAAGUCUUCAGUUGACCCCGCUGCUCACCUCACCUCAAGGUUCAAACUCCCUCAUCGUCCCAUCCCAUCCCAUCCCAGGCUAGCUAGGCAGGUUACGAAACACAACAUUACCUUAUUCCCUGAACCCAUUCACCGCUUGUCUACCAGCAUGCCAACCUGCCAGCCCUGGAACGGUUUUCUGACCGCUCUUGGCAACGGCCAGCCGCUCAGCUCAGAUCCCAGGACUUGCUUUUUUUUCGAGGUGGUGCGUGCAGAGUUCGAGCUUUUCCCCCGCAUCCAUGGUUCGCUCCGCGUUGGCGUGCGUGGCCUGAGCCAUCCGCUGAAAACCCGGGGCUUCUACUUGGCGCAGUCCGCCGCCUGGCUGAGGGUAACGAAUGGGGGGAGACAGGGACGAACGUUGCGUGCAGAUGCAGAUGCAGAUGCAGAUGCAGAUGCAAACUUAAAGUGAACAUGCCAUGCAUCGAAAGAUGAGAAAGGGGAGGGAUGGAGACAGUUGAGGGGGGAGAGGUUCAAAAAUCUGUGGUACGCUUGUUUCGUGCAUCGACAUGGAUCCAUUGACAUCGUGCCCAUAAUUUUCAACCAUUGUGCG